UUCGGUCCCUUUAGUCAUAGCUCUGUCAUCGGUCGUUGUGUAACUGAGAGUUAGGUGUAAUAUUAAGUGUUAAUACGUAUAAACAUGUUUUUGUAGACGUGGUGUAGAUUGUCAUCUGUGUCAGUAUCGCCGCUUAGCCGUUAAUUAUCUAAAGUAGAGACUGAAGAUCAAACAUGGCUGAGUCCACAGGAUCGAGAGGAUCACAAGCUGUCAACCCGCCCGCGUUUGAAGGUUUCCCGUUCGCAGUGAGUGGCGGAGCAGCGGAGGACAGAUCCGGUAAAGAGCAGGCAAAGACCGGCGAGGUGAAGAAGAAGCCGUGCAGAGCAUGUACGGACUUUAAAUCGUGGAUGAAGCUUCAGAAUAAACAGACGACCGCUGCUGUUGCACAGGAGCCACCAGAAGACCCACAGUGUCCGCUGGACAGAGAAGAAUUGGGACGCAACACCUGGUCUUUACUGCACACCAUGGCAGCAUAUUACCCCGACCAACCGUCCUCCACGCAACAGCAAGAGAUGGGACAGUUCAUCAACCUUUUCUCCAAGUUCUACCCCUGCGAUGAAUGUGCAGAGGAUCUCAGAGAAAAAUUAAAAACCAAUCAGCCAGACACCAGCAAUCGCUUUGCUUUCUCUAAGUGGCUCUGUCAUCUCCACAAUGACGUCAACAUCCGGCUGGGGAAGCCUGAGUUCGACUGCUCUCGUGUGGACGAGAGGUGGAAAGAUGGAUGGAAAGAUGGUUCUUGUGAUUGACGGAUUGUGUUGAGAGAGUGCUGAGGACUGAGUCAAUAUGUUCUUGUUCCUGUCGGUGCCGACCUUUGAGGAGGAGGAACACCACAAAGUGGAGGUGAAGCCUGAUGGAAGACGAGCGAUAAAUGUCAUACGGUCAAUUAUAAUUGAUUGACCAAUAAAACAGAUGGCUAAAAAAACAAAAACAAAAAAAGCAUUCCUCUUUAUCUGUCCAGUAAGGGCAAAGAUACGUUUCAGGGGACCUGAUGUUUUUUUCAAGUCACAGAGGAGAUGUUAAGGUUCUGAGUGUAAAUUCUACAUGGAGACUUUGGUGCGCACAUUUUUUCCUUUGAAUCCUGGACUCAAUUAAAACUCUAUUUUCUGGCCUUUUAUUUUUAACUUUCAUUUUACUGUGACUAACUGUUGUCUAACUGUGUGGAAAAAUAUGAUACAAUUUUGAUUGAUUAGAUUUAUCACUUAAAUAAAUAAAAAAUAAUAAAAUA